UGUUGAUAACUAAGGCAAUAUGGCGACUCUCUUUCGUUGAGAAAAAAUUCACAAGGUUUAAAUUGUUAUUCGGUGGCACAAACGAAGACGAAAGUUAUAAAGCCAAAGGCUGUGAAAAGGAAGAUAAUUGUCAAUGAUGAUGAUCAACUGAACAGCACAAAGCAGAAGAAAUUAGAGCAAGUGGCGGAAGACUUAGCGCUAUGUGAUUUAUCACCACCUAGGCUUGAGGACACUGGAUGUUUGUUCAGUACAAGCAUGGCAGUACUCGCUGACACUCCAGUAAAAAAAAAUACUAGUAUGCCCACUUCCUCUCCACGACCAUCACCUCCAGUCACGCCAAGACGAUUUUCCCCACGACACCAAUACCAGUGCUGUAAUCAUCAGCAAGAGUUGUUUAGUUUGAGAGCGUCGGUUACCAGCCUAGAGUAUUGGUGCAAACAGAUGUGGGAUGAUUUAGCUUCUGUUAAAACUGAAUUGGCGAACCUGAAGCAGGCAAACAUUUGCAGUACACCCAGGCAUACUGGUACACAGGAUAGCAGCAAGCCUGUUGGAUCUCCAAACAGCACAAUCAAUGUACUACAGACUACCCCCAUGUCUAGUGCAUCAGCAUCAGCUAGUGCUGCUUCCUCUAUUGGAACAUAUCGAGGUUACACCAAGAGUCAAGUAGUGGCUGAAAUUGCGCUGUGCAAAAAUUACAAGAAGGCCACAGCAAAGGUGUUCCGAAUGCUGUUCAACAAGGAGGAGGUGCAGGGAAGAUCUCUAAGUGGUCAGAGGGGAAACAGUGGCGAUGCAAGACCACAAAUUGAAGACAGGCAAAAACUGUCCUUUUUACAAGAAUGCAUCAUGGAGGGUUUCCCAGCAUGCUCAAAAGACUCUAUCAACAUCGUGUUAAGACACUUGUUGAAGCCAUCAAGAAACAAUUUAAAUGAUAAUUAAUAUGUAUAUUUCUGUGUUUUUUUUAUGUCCCUCAGUCUGUACAGGGGACAUAUUGUUUUUGCCCUGUCUGUUUGUUUGUUUGCGUCAAACUUUAACUUUUGCCAUAUUGAAGAUAGGAACUUGAUAUUUGGCAUGCAUGUGUAUCUCGUGGAGCUGCAUAUUUUGAGUGGUGAAAGGUGAAGGUCAUCCCUCACGGUCAAAUACAUGGGGGACACAGUGUUUCACAAACACAUCCUGUUUAUAUUUUCAUUCAUGUAUACACGAAAAAAUAUUAUAAAUAUAUACAAUAUUUCUUUA